CGAUUCUUGCAUACUCCACUACUCCUCGAUCCUCCCUGAUUCUUGCAAUGAGACGGAUCCAUGGUACUACAGGCUGUAGCACCCGACUCCGGCCUCUUGUGGUUCCUUGAACAAAAAUUAUGAUGACAGAUGUGAAUAAGUAACGGUGCUAAAGCCAGUUAGUAAAGGCUGGUAGAUCUAGAAGAAGCACUUACAAUUAUUUGUAGAGACACCUGCUUUCCAAGUUUGCUUGGAGCAACUCCGGUGCAUAGUCCAUGGCUUCACCGUCCAACUAGACCGUAAUCUGGAAUGAAGCUGCCGUAGUUAUGCCGGAUGUAGCCCGUCUCCUGUCAUCUUUAGCUUUGGACAUCGCCAGCAUUUUGACUCGCUCGUCGAAUGAGGAUGCAAAGAAAUUGAGCAAUGAUCUAGUUGAAAGGACUUGCACAGAUGGCAGCUCCUCCGAACUACGGGCUGGUUUGGUAGCCGUGAUAGAAGAUCACCUCCGGACGACAUGCAUGUCAGCACUGCCGAAAACGCGGAUACAGCUACAGAAGGAAGAGGUUCACCAAACGGUGCGCCAGCAAUCUUCUCAGGACAGUGAAGCAGCCAAUUCCACAGCGGACCAACCAGUCACAGAUGCAUUUGAUGAGCUGGCCAAUGUAGACUUUUAGCCGGUGACAUGGGUACUGGAAGAUGUGUGUACACUCCUGAAAAUGCUAUUGCUGAUGACAUCCUUGUCACGCAGUGUUGACCGUAAGAACUGGAGUGAAUAUGACGCCCAUCAGUGUUGGUAGAAACGUGAAAUUAAUAUUUUGCUGUAGAUUUUACCUUCUUUCGUUGCUUAUAGGUUAGUACAUGGCAGGGCGGGCCUUAAUAGGGCUUGUUAGUGCCCAACAGGUUAGCCCGAGGGCCGUAGGCACGAGGGCUAACAUGAAGGGCGCUAACAAGCCAAUAGACCUGAAUUGAAAUGCACUAGUUUAUAACGAGGUUAUUUUUUUCAAACAGAGUUAUGAUAAUCUUUACCAAUCAUGAAUUUGAGUUGCACUGUAACAAAUAAAAUGCAUCAUAUGCGUACAUUGCAUACCCAUAUUUUGGUAGCUUGGUGGAUUGUCCAGAGAAAUGAAGCAAAUGAAAUGCUGGAGUUUUGGUGUGAAUUUCAUACAAUCGAGAACUUAUGGAGCUAUUUA